AUGAACAAUUCGGGGCCACGCCCAAAAUUUUGCGGGGCGUCAGCCGCGGGCCCAACUCCGAACCGUUCCGAUUUUCGAACCCGAACUGACCCUCGCGACCGACAGACACAAAAGCGUAUUGCGCUACGGGCAGCGGCCGCCUUGGCUGGCAUCGGCGGUCCUCAGUCGGAGUCGCGAUUUUUGGGAGUUGGAGCUGAAGCAUAUAUGGAGAUCAAAGCAGCUUAUCGAAGAUUGUCAAAGGAAUACCACAGACUGCCAGACACAACCUCUCUUCCCUUGAAGACGGCAUCUGAGAAAUUCAUCAAGCUCAGAGAAGCCUACAAUGUGCUAAGCCGCGAAGAGAGCCGCAAGUUCUAUGAUUGGGCUUUGGCUCAGGAAGCAGAGAGCAAAAGAGCUGCACUGAAGCUUGAAGACCCUUACCAGCAAGAUGUUCAAAAUGCAGAGUCCAUUCCUGACAUGGUCGACCGUCUCAGUGGUAAGAACAUGCAGCUAAGUGAUCAGGCCAUGACUGCCUUAACUUUUGACAUUGCUAUUAUUAUCUUCUGCAUUUGCUGCAUUGUCUAUGUAGUCUUCUUCAAAGAACCUUAUUGAAGUUGUUUUUUUUUUCCUUGACUAAAUCUUAAAUUUUAAUGGUAGUUUUAUGAAGA